GUCGGCGGGAGCGCGGAUGCUGAGAGGAGGAGGGGCUGCUCGGUCGCCCCGCGACGGACCGGCCUCCAGAUCCACAGCUCUGGCGGAGAAGCCCCCUCGCAGGCGGAGGAGCAGGCCUCCCUUCAGUGGGCUCUCUUCUGAAUACGCAAGAAAUUGUCUUGGCGCUCAGAUGCUCUUCAGGAACUUGGCUGUUCUAGGAAUGCAUUUCCUGACUGCUGGAGGACUCCUAUGGUGAUGUCAGUAACCUUUGACACUUGUGUGUGGAUUGGACAAGAGGUCGUGAACUGCAGUGAAAGACUGAGCCCUGAGGGUCGAGAUUGGACAAAUACAGGAUUAAUUGCCAGAGGCAGCAGCACAUGAGGACUGAGUUUGCCCUGAAAGAAACCAUGUCUAGUGGCGGUGUGGAGGAUGACAUCCCGCAGGGGGAGAGGAAAACUGUCACAGACUUUUGUUACCUGCUGGAUAAAUCCAAACAGCUUUUCAAUGGCUUACGAGACUUACCUCAGUAUGGACAGAAGCAGUGGCAAUCCUAUUUUGGGAGGACUUUUGAUGUUUACACCAAACUUUGGAAAUUCCAGCAGCAGCACCGGCAAGUUUUGGACAAUCGGUAUGGUCUCAAGCGCUGGCAAAUUGGGGAAAUUGCUUCCAAGAUUGGGCAACUUUACUACCACUACUACCUUCGCACGUCUGAAACCAGCUACCUGAAUGAAGCCUUCUCCUUCUAUUCUGCUAUUCGACAGAGAUCUUACUACUCCCAAGUCAACAAAGAAGACAGGUCAGGCCAUGCCUCAGUCUUGCCGGAACUGGUAGUUAAGAAACUCCGUUAUUAUGCACGGUUCAUAGUGGUUUGUCUUUUACUCAACAAAAUGGAUGUUGUGAAGGACCUUGUAAAGGAGUUGUCAGAUGAAAUUGAAGACUACACCCACCGCUUCAACACAGAAGACCAGGUGGAAUGGAACCUGGUUCUCCAAGAGGUGGCAGCAUUCAUUGAUGCUGAUCCUGUGAUGGUCUUGAAUGACGACAACACCCUCGUGAUCCUCUCCAACCGCCUCUCAGACACAGGGGCCCCUCUGCUGGAGCAGGGAAUGAUUGUGGGGCAGUUGACCCUUGCAGAUGCCCUGAUAAUUGGCAACUGCAACAAUCAGGUGAAGUUCAGCGAACUGACAAUCGACAUGUUCCGGAUGCUGCAAGCCUUGGAGAGGGAGCCAAUGAACUUGGCUUCACAAAUGAACAAGCCUGGGUUGCAGGAGACAACUGAAAAGCCAGCAAGAAGGGAAAACCCUCACAAGUACUUGCUGUAUAAGCCAACCUUCAGCCAGCUGUAUACUUUUCUGGCUGCAUCAUUUAAGGAGCUGCCUGCAAACAGUGUCCUGUUGAUAUACCUGUCAGCCACUGGCGUGUUCCCCUCAGGUCGUUCGGAUAGUGAAGGCCCCUAUGAUUUUGGAGGUGUCCUGACAAACAGCAACCGGGAUAUUAUAAAUGGAGAUGGCAUUCACAAGCGGAACCAGUCGUACAAGGAGAUGCACUGCCUGCACCCUGGAGAUCUCUAUCCUUUCACAAGGAAGCCUAUGUUUAUCAUAGUGGACUCCUCCAAUAGUGUCGCCUACAAGAAUUUCACAAACCUAUUUGGACAGCCACUCGUGUGCCUCCUUUCUCCAACGACAUACCCAAAAGCGUUGCAAGAUCAGUCUCAACGAGGUAGUCUCUUCACUUUCUUUCUGAACAACCCUUUAAUGGCAUUCCUAUUUGUCUCUGGACUAUCAAGCAUGCGCAAAGGACUGUGGGACAAGUGUCAUGAUUACCUUCGCAAAAUCAACCGGGAUAUUGCACAGUUGCUCACUCAUUCCCGUUCCAUAGAUCAGGCCUUUCUCCAGUUUUUUGGAGAUGAAUUCCUUCGCUUGCUUCUGACAAGAUUUGUCUUCUGCUCAGCCACCUUGAGGAUGCACAAAAUCUUUCGGCAGGAAACUAGGAAUUAUCCAGAAUCCUAUCCCCAACUGCCAAGGGAUGAAACAGUGGAGAAUCCGCACCUCCAAAAGCACAUUUUGGAGUUGGCUUCCAUGCUGGAUGUUCGAAAUGUGUUCCUGGAAACCACGCUGGAUGAUUACUAAAAUAGAAACACAUCCUGGUUUUCUUACUGCGUGGGUUUUUUUCCCAGCCACAGAUUUUUGAAAUGGUGCCGUUUUUUCUAAUGUGAAGAUCCACAAAAAGAAUUUACUUGAUUUUUAUUUUUGAACUUGCAAUUAUUUUUUUAAUAAAACAAAAAUGGCUGUGGGCACGGCUGUUCCAUUCUGUAUGGGGUCAGUUUUAUAAAGGGAUUCCUCCUGCAUCUUUUAAAAAUUUUAGACUGACAAAAAUCCCUUGGGUUUUACAUUUUGGUUUGAUGGUUGAAAACAGCCAUGCGUCACAAAUGAUCCUAAGUAUUUAAAUGCUGUUGGUCACUUUUAAGCCCUUGUGUGUGGAAAUUGUUUAUUUUUGUACACUUUUUAAAAAUUUGGAAGCAAAAACAGAGAAAAAAACCAACCCAAGAAGAAAACAAUCUUCUUGUCCCCAAAGAUUCUGGAUCUGAAAUGUGAAAGGUGGGACCACAUGGUGCAAAGCAGUGAUAGCAAUAAAAGAGUCUUUCAAGACAAUACCCAAGAAAGAGGUCAAUUCAUCUCAAGGGCUGACAGAACAGUCCCAGAAAAUGUAGUGAUAACCAUAAAUUCUUUAUUGAGAUGUAAAGCUACAUUGCAUGUUGUCUAAGAAUGCAGGACUUUGAUCAUUCCCCCCACUGAGCCUGAAAGAAUGGGCUUAUGGCAUCAAGAAACUGGCCCCAUCUCUUUACUGGACCACCCUCUGUGCCUCUUGCAGAGCCAUGAUCCUUCUUCCCCAAGACCCUGUUUGGAUCCUGGAAUCCUCAAAAGAACUGCCUUCCUCCUCCACCUCAUUCAUUCCCCAGCUUUAGCAACAAUCCUAUCUAGGAAUGGAAAAAUACCAGCCUUUCCCUGUACACAAUGACCAUAUGGCAAGGAGCUGCUUUGAACUGCCACUAGCACAUUUGGACUGUGGAAGAACCCCUCAUGACACUCCCUUAGACUCCAGGAGAGUGUUUUUCCCCUUCCUUGUCUCAUGAUCGAUGGCACAUGUUCACACUGUUGUGUGAUGAAAUAAGAUCACUGCCUCAUCUCAGCGACUGAGCUACUCAGAAUAAAAACCUUGUUACAGCUUAUUUUGGGGAGGGGGAUGUAUGACUCCCUUCACUGCCUGUUGAAAUAUGAAUCCUUUCAGCCAGAUGAGAAGCGGCACAAUAGAGAACCAGCGGACCUUCAUUUGGUCAUAGGUCUCUCCGCUUUCAUGGAGCAUCAUAAAAUGUGAGUGGUGACUGCAGGGAGACCUGCGUGAGUGCAAAUUCUGGUCUGUUGGAAAGCAAAAUUGAACAAUCAAGAAAUUGCAAUGGCACUGCUGCUGAGAGAGAGCGAGGCGGCUGUCCUCAAAUUGUCCCCAGCUUUCAGAUGGGUACAGCUAGAAGAGGAGGUCUGUUGCCUAAGUACAACCAUCUUGGGAGAACCUCAUUAUUUCUCCACCUUAAUCUGUAUUCAGCAACUAAAGCUUUGUACAGCAGAGCUAAUUCCCACCACUAAGGCAGAUGUCAAUGCUUUUAAGUCCAGCAAGAAGCAUCGCAGACCCAGAAUGUACAGUGUAUAUUUUUUUCCAAACAGAAGGAAAGGGGGAGAUGUGGGGGAAAGUCCUGGCAAAGCGAUACUAUAAGCUGUGGGAUUCUGUGUUGUGGUCAUCUGGACUGUCUUGGAAUGGAUUGCUAUUCAACACUCCUGUAUUGUUUAUCACAGGCAAUGGAGUGGGCAUCUGCCCAGUAAACUCAGCCCUCUGACAGAGUGAGCGCAGAAUCCAAAAACACUCUUUUCCCUUUAGUGAGCAUACUCUGGGAUUAUGACGGUAAGGUCUUUUUGAGAUGUUAGAUGUUGAUUCUUCAAAACAAAGGGCUGUAGAAGGAACAAUGCAACAAAUUUCCUUUCCCCCUUUGGACGCUUUACCCAAGUAAAUACUUGGUAUCUGUUCCAACAAGGUGUCACCCACAACCACUGCCCAGGAUAAGACACCUUGGUCAGCAUCUGAAGCACAACAGAUCUGUUGCGGAGCUGGAGAAGGGCAGUGUUUGGGAAUCGUAGCAAGAGGUGCCUUAGGUCGGGCAUGAAGUGCAAUGGGGACAUAGGUGUAGAGCUUGCAGGGCAUUUAUGCCGAGAAGCCUGGCAUUAAAAUGCCAUUGUUUUCAACGGGCAAUCAGAAGAGCGUUUCAAUCGGUAAAGUUGUUUCUGUAGGACAAGGUUUGUUAAUAGGCACUGGUGCAUUUUCUCCUGUGGUGCUUUGUUCUUUCAGCUUCUUUUUGCCUGAUUUUUUAAAAUGAAAGUACAGGUGAAAGAUGUUUGAUAAAUGUACUGCAUGCACUCUGCCUGCCAAUCGAGGGAGAGAUGCUUCUUGUAAAUGUGUGUGUAUAUAUAUAUGUAGAUAUAUAAAUAUAUAUAGGAUAGCUUCAGAUCCAUACGUAUACAAAAUAAAGAUGCAUCCAGGGGUGCUGGGCAAAAUUCAUUCCGUACUGGGUAGCAUCAUUACGGAUGCUGUUGCUUGGGAUGUGACUGCAGGGAAGGAGGCCUGUUCUCUUCUCCAGAAGUGGCUUUUUAUUUUUAUUUUUUUGCUAUGUGGAAGUUAUUGGAAGACAUACACAUACACUGGGGUAUGUGUAUGUCUUAAAACUCAAGGCAAUACCAUUUUUCAUUUGCUCUGCGCUAAUGGUGAUCUCAUAACGCUCACAGCCAAAUACGAGGUUUGUGAUCUUAGGAACUUGCUUGGUGCCAGUGCUGCACUAUUUCCUCUGAUAGAUCUCACGUUGAAUAGAUUUUAAACUGCAAAAAGGUACCUUAGGGCAGUUGCCUAACAAUAUAAAAUAGCCGUCCUUACCUUGCAAGCAAAAUUUGGCAUCUCUCUUCUUUCUUGGGAUCCAAAAUUAGAGGGUUGAUCCCACCUGUCUUGCUCCAUUUUUGCAUCAUUAUGUUGAAACAGCUUGUGUGCAGAAGGUUGGAAAAGAGACUCGAGUUAGUGUUCUUAUUUUGUAUUUUAGUAAAUGUUUGUCAACGAUAACAUCUAGGAAAGACAGAAUUCUGUAACCCGUUCAAUGGAACAGAGAUAUACAGGUAAUUACAGCCCUAUGUUUUUUAAAAAGCUGAACAAGAACAGAUACCAAAAAUUGGAUGCUAAAAAAAUAUCCCCCACCAAUUCAUGUACAGCUGUGCUCUUUCAUACAAUCUUCUGUUGAUAUUGCAAAUGAUUCUUGAUUCACCCUUCUGUUUUGCUGCCACCUAUGCAGCCAGAGUGAGUCUUAGAUAUAAGAGAGCCAUUUAUGAUGCUAACCAAACUAUCAGUUAUUGCUAAAGUUCAGAAAUGUGAAUUUGCUCUGGAAAAAUUUGAUUUGGAAAUUAAUUUUGUACUUGCCAGGAAUAUACAUGUGUUCAAAACAAAUUAAAACAAAACAGUUGGGCAUACAGAUGUGAAGUAUACGUGAGCUAGUGGUUUUACAUUUGCUACUAAGUGUAAGCCCCCGGCAUUCGCUUUAAAGGCUUAUCGCUUCAAUGGAGCUUGACAGCCGAGCCAGGAGUCAGAUUUAACUUCAUUAAAUGUAAUUUUUAGCUAUGCCAAAACCUAAAGCACAAGAAACUGACUUUUCUCAUCCUUCCCUUUUGGGGCAGGCAAUUGGAGGCAUACAAGAAAAUGAAUAAUGUAUUCUAUAAAUGCUUCUCGAAGAACAGAGCAACAUUUGCCUUUCUCUAAGAACUGGAGGACUCUGUUCUUGAUCACUUAGAGGUGCUUUUCUAGGUAAAGUGUCUGUAAUCCCUGGGUGUUUGUUUGCUUAAGUGCUAGUAACUGCUUAUUCGAAAUUACUUUUCUUGGGCCGAUUGCGGGGCCCAAAGGCUGUUUCCGUUGCUAGACUUCCCAAGGUAAAGUUAGGAGCGAUCAAGUCUUGAGCAAGCUUUGAAAUUAGCGUGUCGGAUUCUAGUUUAACAUUUUCUUUUUUUAGAUAGGCUUCGAAUUUUGAUACCACUAAGGCCUGAUUCCAUUUUGGAUUUUUUAAAGCCUGUGCUUUUCAGUGCCAUUUUUUGCAUGUCUAUGCGCAUAUGGGCCUUGUUAGCCUCUGGAUCUGUAGAUGUGUGGCUUGACUAUAUUGUGUCGACUCUCAUAGUCUUUUUCCUCAUUUGGAUGACGCAGCAGAAAACAUACAUAAUAUAGAUACUAAUAGUCCUGAAUCCACUGAACAAUUGGCAAAGAGACUACAAACGUUUUUAUCAGUGGGUCUGUGGGCUGGAUCCAGAUCUAUUCAUACAAAGAGUCAAGGAGACUUGUUAAUAAUGUUGUCAUGACUUCAAUCAGUCCCAUUGAUUUCACUGGAUCCAAUAGGACUAAAUCUGUACCAAACCCAGACACCUGGGUCAGUAAGGUUUAGGAACCACACAGAAAUCAAAUUGCCCCAACUCUGCAAUGCUGUCUUAAUAGGUGAGUCUCCCAAUUGAUAUCCUAGCAAACCCAUAAAAAGUGGAAGCAGGUACACCAUAAAACAUUGUGUCUAGGAUGGCACAUUCUUUCCAACCUUGUAAUUGUCUUUUUUUAAAGCUUGUAUUACAAAUAACAUGCUUGGUUGUUGUUGUUUUUUCCUCUUCUCUCUUCAACAACACAUCGUGCUUUUUUUAAAUCUGGAAGUUGUAAUAACUCGCCUUCUAAGUGGUUAAAAGGGGGGGGACUUUUUUAAUCUGUGGCAAAUGCUUGUCUGUAAUUGAAAAAUGUUCUUGAACUGUGAUGCCAGUUGUAGGGAAUAAAAAAAAAUACAGCUGUAUCUCUUAGGAUCUCUCUCUCUCUGUCGAGGAGAUAGAAGCACAAAAUGUUUUACAUGUACCUGACCCUGUUCGAAGUGCUGCUAGUCCCAUGAAUAGUGCAUGCGAUAAAUGCUGUAGGGUAACCUCUGUAACCAGUUCACAAAAAGCCACUGUUAAUCUUUGUUACAUAGACACAUCUCGGUGCCAAUUGAUGUUAUGGGAGCUUUGCAAUGCUCCCAAUCCGACCAGCUUGGUGUGAUGCUUUUCCCCCCUUCUUCUUCUUCUUAACGCCGAGAAGAUCGGGUCAUUCUUGUUUACAAGGUUGUAAAUUACUUUUGUGGUUUUGCUUUUUUAAUUUUCACCCUCCGCAAGAGCGAUUGCUUACUCUCCAUGUCGAUGUGGGAACCUGACGUCCGUCUCUUGUAACCCUGUGCAAAAACCUUUUGUCUUGUCUCUAAUGCAUCCGAAUUAAACCUAAGCCAUAUUCCUCAACCACAGACAUUUCCCUUUCUCCUCCCAUCUCUUUUGGACAUUUGUCCCGGUUUGUCGGCUGAUAAAUUGAUAGCUUAUGGAUGUGGUUUGUGCAGGUGUGUUUCCCAGGGUUGAGUCAAGGCUAUAGUAACAGUGAAACACGUGGCAGCUUUUUCUUAUCUUUGCUCUUUUUGUUUUCUAAUCCCAAAGCAUCUGCCACGUCCUCUUUGGGAAAGACUCUUCCACUAAGUACGAUUUCCGGGCUAUGAACACUGUGAUCCUCUGCAAACCUGACAUAGCACCGAAGGGAAUAAAAUACUGUAUAAAACAAACAAAAACAAUACUGCUUUUUAUGUUGUGUGAAGUAGCAAGGAUAUGACAUUUCUGGGGUUUUGCUGUCAAGUGUAUUGAAGACUUUCACGUUGGUUAAUGUCCGCUUGGAAUGUGAGUACCUUCAUCAGUUGUGAAUUACUGUACAUGAAUUUUGUAUCUGAGAGCCACUCCGAUUAUAUGUAUUACCAGUAUACAAUAAACAUAUUUGCCUAAA